AUGCAAAUCGAUCCUUCUCAGCUCGUCUCUUUCAAGGAAGCCCUUAUCCUCUCAUCUACUUGGAUUGCGCUCCCCCCGUAUGGCUUCACCAGCAAUAUCCUCCCUUGGAUCUGCUGGUUCAUCUGGACCUCGAGAAAUCGACUCAUCUUCGAGAAAAGAGCCUCAACACCAAGAGAAAUUGUGCUCAGUGCGAUCACUGCCGUGAAGGAUUGGGACUUGGCUCAAGCAAAGACCAACAAUUAUAGCAUCGCCCUUCCGAUCUCCAGCGGUUUUUCAUCUCAACAGAAUCCCCAGCUCCCUCCAAUCUAUUGCAAUACAGACGCCGCGUGGAGAGCAGAUUCAAGAAACGCCGGCUUAGCUUGGGUUUUCUCAGAUCACGAAGGACAUGAGCUCAACAGAGGAUCGCAAUUCCAGGACAACGUUUCUUCACCUUGCAUGGCUGAGGCUCUGGCUGUGAGAAGUGCCCUUCUACACGCAGCAGAAAUCAAUAUUACCUCCAUCUGGCUCAGAUCAGAUUCACAAGUGCUCAUCGGAGCUAUCACCUCGGGACGUCAUCCGACUGAGCUCUACGGAGUACUUUCGGACAUCGCCGAGAUCGCCAAGUCGUCUUUUUCGUUUUAUCGUUUUUUUUUUCAUCAAAAGAGAGUUAAAUGGGCUAGCGGACUUAAAUGCAAAGGCCCGUUUGCAUUCUGGCCCAAGCUUAUGUAA